GUGUGACAACGCGUCGACGAUGAUUUUGUUCAGAGCGGGCUCGAUUCUGGGCCUCUUCAUUCUGGUCAGCGGUUUCCGGGAAUACAGCAAGAAGGAUCUGAUCGCCCUGCGGGAGGAGGUGAGGUCCAUGUUCGAUUACGCUUAUUCCGGUUACCUAACUCACGCCUAUCCGUACGACGAGCUCCGCUCCCUGAGCUGCGACGGCUUCGACACCUGGGGCAGUUUCUCCCUGACCCUGAUCGACGCUCUGGACACGCUCGCUGUCAUGGGCAAUUUCUCCGAAUUCCGUCGCGUCGCCGAGAUAAUAAGCGUGCGAGCGAACUUCGAGUCCAACAUCAACGUGUCCGUGUUCGAGACGAAUAUUCGCGUGAUCGGCGGUUUGCUGAGCGCCCAUCUGCUGUCUCGCAAAGCCGGGGUCAAGUUGGAACCCGGAUGGCCCUGCAACGGUCCGUUACUGCGUCUCGCCGAGGACAUGGCCAAGAGACUGCUCGCGGCGUUCGAUACACCAACCGGAAUGCCAUAUGGCACGGUCAAUCUGAAGUACGGAGUGCCGGAUGGCGAGACCAGCAUCACCUGCACCGCCGGCAUCGGCACGUUUCUGCUCGAAUUUGGAACUCUUUCUAGAUUGACCGGAGAUCCGCUUUACGAGGAAGUCGCCAUGAACGCCGUGAAGGCUCUGCAUUAUUACAAAUCCAAUAUUGGCUUAGUUGGCAAUCACAUAGACGUUCUGACCGGUCAUUGGACCGCCCAAGAUUCCGGUAUAGGCGCCGGAAUAGAUUCCUACUUCGAGUAUUUGGCGAAGGGCACAUUGUUGUUCCAAGAUCCGUUGUUGGCCACAAUAUUUCAAGAGCACAGAAGAGGUAUCGAGAAAUACAUUCGUCGAGAAGACUGGCACUUGUGGGUUUCCAUGACCAAGGGCCAGGUGACCUUGCCGGUUUUCCAGUCUCUGGACGCGUAUUGGCCCGGUGUGUUGAGUCUGUUCGGCGAGAUCGAGGACGCGAUGAAGUCCCUGCACAAUUACCAUCACGUGUGGAAACAAUUCGGCUUCACUCCGGAAUUCUACAAUAUACCGCAGGCCGAGGCGGGAACCAACAGAGAAGGUUACCCACUGAGACCCGAGCUCAUUGAAUCUGUUAUGUAUCUUUACAGAGCUACCAAGGAUCCCUAUCUGAUACAAAUGGGGGUGGACAUUUUGAGAAGCGUUCAGCACAGUGCCAAAACCGCGUGCGGUUAUGCGACCAUUAACGACGUCCGGGAUCACCGCAAAGCAGACAGAAUGGAAUCGUUUUUCCUUGCGGAGACUACGAAGUACCUGUACCUCCUCUUCGACACCGACAACUUUAUUCACAACACCGGCACCGAAGGGGAUAUAAUUGACACCCAGUGGGGUCAGUGCGUGGUUGACGCCGGUGGAUACAUCUUCAACACCGAGGCGCACCCGAUUGAUCCCGGAGCUCUGUACUGUUGUCGACCCGCACAGAAGAUCUUUCCGGACAAUAGAGCGAAGCUGAAGCGAUUCCUACCGACGCAAGAUACGCCGGAGGAUAUCUCCUUCCCGAACGAUCUUCGCUACAGAAAGGACGCCACCGACAAGACUCCGGACGUGUUUCCGGUGACGAUCGCAAAAUUGUCCGAAAUCAGAUACUCCGUGAAUAAGAAAGAUGUUUCAAACGAGAACUCUUCGUCGCCGAAUGUUUCCUCAGCGGAUUCCAUCGCGCCCGAUAACGUCCAAGUCGCGAAUGAAUCUGAAAUAUCAAAUCAGAGCGCGGUCGAAACGAGCGAUCGGAUGUUGCAGACGACGGCGCAGGUUCUCACGUCUUCUUCUUCGUCGACGAUCUACAAAGCGGACGACAGUGAGGGUUCCGACAGUUUUGAGUCUACGAGCGAUCAGCAUUCCGCUGCUCCUUGCUCCGCGACGCAAACCGAUGCUCAACGAAACGCGACGACGACGACGUUGAAUCGCGCGAAGACCAGAUUCGAGCCUCAAAUAAUGUUGGAGAACAUCAGACGCGGAAAUCUCUAUCCGACCAACGUCACGGCCAGGCAGAACUAUCAGAUCCUAUCCUGUCAGGCUCAACCAUUCCUACAACGAAUAUCAAUCAUGGGAGAAUUUUUUUGAGCAAUCACAAGCAAAGCGCUCACACACAAUUUUAUAGCUAUAGCGAAUCCAUUCGCAACGAGAGAGAUUCGCAAAAUAUUUUUUUAUUUUCGAGAGAUUUUUUGUGUUUACAAGGCAGAGAUGAUGAAAAAUAAUAUGCAGUUCCGUUUUACGCGCGAACAUUGUAAUUUAUAUUAUAUAUUCCUGUGAUAAAGGUUGUUGUAUUUUUGUGUGUGUGUUUAUAUAUAGUUUAA